CAGUCUGUUACACUGCAUACUGACCUAGGAGAUUUGAAGAUUGAAUUAUUUUGUGACGAAUGCCCAAAAGCUUGUGAGAACUUUUUAGCUUUGUGUGCUAGUAAUUACUAUGAUGAUUGCCAGUUUCAUAGAAAUAUUCCAGGAUUUAUGGUACAAGCCGGAGAUCCUACAGGAACCGGAAAAGGUGGUAAUAGCAUUUGGGGUAGAAAAUUCGAAGACGAAUUUAAUGAUGCUGUCAAGCACAGUAGAAGAGGUAUGGUUUCAAUGGCAAAUAGUGGACCAAACACGAAUGGAUCUCAAUUUUUUAUCACCUAUGCAAAGCAAUCGCAUUUGGAUAACAAAUACACAAUUUUUGGAAAGGUAAUUGAUGGAUUUGAAAUACUUGAUGAUCUUGAGAAGAUUCCAGUCGACGAAAAAUCUUAUCGGCCCCUCCGAAAUAUUCAUAUAAGAAAAAUUACGAUUCACGCUAAUCCGAUAGCAGAAAAUGCAUAA